AAAACGUCAGUGGCCGCUCGUCACAGGUGUGUGUGCCCCGCCGUGCCGAGCACAUGCUGAGACCUGGAGUCUUGGGGGAUGUGCCGCUGUUUCCGGCGAGAAAGUUGUUCUCCAACCUUUGGGGAUUUUUCCCACUUCCUCUCCUUUUCCAUUAACCCUUGACAUCAAACAAGAAGAGGCGCGACAGUAAAUAUGGCGUCCUUUUUACGAGCCAAACAGAGCGGUGUUGCGACCGACCUGUCUGCCGGGCUGCUACCGGGGAGUUUUAACCCUGACGAGCUGGCCAGAUAUGGGAUCAACUCCCAGGUUAGUUGUCUAGCCUACGACCCAAUCCAAUCCCUCCUCGCGGUCGGCACAUCCCCAUCGACCUUUUCUCCCAGGGGGAAAAUCUACGUCUUUGGUCGUGACCGCGUCCAUCGGAUCCUCCAACCUCCCAAUCCCUCCGGGGGGGUUUCCUAUCGACAGCUCGCCUUUGUGAAUCAUUCGUUGGUGUCACUUGAUUCGAACAACGAGGUUGCCUUGUGGGAUUUGGAGACUUGCACCCAGACGUCAAAGUACAGCUACGUUAAAGUUUCUAGUUUGGUCACUGAUCCUGCUCUUGACUGGGCUUUUGUUGGGUCGGCGUCUUCUUCGGGGGAUGUGCAAGUUUAUGACCUUGACCGAGCGAGGCCGGUGCCGUUCCGGUUGGGGAAUUUGGCGAAGGAGGUUUACCCGAGGGAGAUGAUUGGGGAUCGGGCGGGGGUGGCGGCUAUGGCGAUACAUCCGAGGGAUAUCGGGAAGCUGGCUGUGGGGUAUGCCGGGGGGGUGGUGGGGGUUUAUAGUUUUAAGAUGGGGGGGGUGCAGAGGUGGUAUGAACCGCCGCCGACUGGGGGGAUGAUGAUAAUGAGGGGGAAGGUGAAGUUGACGAAUGUGGUUUGGCACCCGUCGGGGACUUUUCUCAUGGGGGGGUAUGAGAAUGGGGUGAUGGUUUUUUGGGAUGUGAAGGAGGGGAGGGUGGUUGGGGUGAGGGAUGUUUAUGGGUCGUUGGAUGAUCUGGAGGGAGAUAAGAGGGAUAGGGUGCCGUUGGGGAGGGUGAAGUGGGCUUGUAAGGGGAACAAUCCGGAUGAUACUGGGUUGGUGGUGCAGGGGGGAUGGGAUAAGGGGGAGCAGCAGAGCGGGAAGAGGGGGAUAAGUUUUCUUGAUUUGGGGCCUACGCCGGUUUAUGCGACGAGUUCGUGGGAGGUUUUGGGGGGGUACGUCAAGGGGAGGGGGGAGAGGGUGGUGAUGGAAAUGCCGCCGGGCGCAGAGGUGGUGGAUUAUGUGUUGAUCCCUAGACAGAGUCCGUAUUUUGAUGGGGCGCAGGAUCCGCUUGCGGUUAUGGCCAUGUUGAGCUCUGGGGAGUUGAUUACUAUGAGUUUCCCGUCCGGGUGGGCGAUUAGUCCGACGAACAUGCUGCAUCCGAGCUUGUCGUUUGUGCACCCGUUUGUGCAGAGGAUUGGGGUGGCGAGUGUGGGGAGGGAGAGGUGGUUGGGGAUGGUAGAAAUGAGGAGCCAGGGGGAGGCGAUACUGAAGGGGGGGAAGGGGGGCAAUACGAGGAGGAAGAUGGUGGAUGUGAGGAAUGUGAUUUUGGUGGCGCACGCGGAUAGCACGGUGAGGAUAUGGGAUGUCGGGUUUGCGGACGAGGUUGAGAACUCGGGGCAGUUGCAGGUUGAUGUGGCGAGGGCGGUGGGGAGGUUUGAGGAUGUGAGUGUCAGUGAGGUGCAUAUGGCCGAGGGGACGGGGGAGUUUGCCGCGGGGACGAAGACGGGGGAGGUGGUGGUUUACAAGUGGGGGGUUAAUAAGUUUCAUGGGAGGGAUGCGACGACGGCGCUGGAUCCAAAGCCUGGAGGACUGACGGAUAUCAGUACGAGGGCUGAGCCUUCACUCAAAGAGGGUCUUCAACCCUUUGUGCUCUACGAGAUGGCACAAGGUCCCAUCUCGGCGCUUUGCGUCUCAGACGUAGGGUUCAUCGCAGUCGGAUCAGAAGGAGGACACUUCAGCAUAAUCGACCUCCGCGGCCCAUCCGUCAUCUACACCUCCCCAGUGACCGAGUUCAUCACCCAAGAAAAGAAGUCCUUCUCCCUCAAGAAAUCCUCCUCCUCCCACAACAAGUUGGAAUUCCCCACGGCUAUUUCCUUUGGCGUCAUGACACUCGAAGGAGACAGCUACUCCUCCAUCUGCUGCUUCGUCGGCACAAACCUAGGCCACAUUGCGACGUUCCGCCUCUUGCCGUCAGGGCAAUCUUACACGGCAAAACCCGCCGGCUUCAUCAAGACCUCAGCUGACAGGGUCAUUUCCCUCAGCCCGAUCAACUCGGAAACUGGUUCCCCGGCCACAGCAACGGGGCAGUCGGUCGCUGGUUUGAGGUCAAACGUCCAAACCCCCGGCGUUUUAGUCGCCGUAACCCAAUCCGAAAUCCGGAUUUUCAAACCCUCCACCAACAAGGGCGCGUCCAAAUCUUUUGACGACCAGCUUUGCGACUCUGCCAGAGUCAUCCACCCGCCUAAUCUCCCACCGUCGGUUGUCUGUCUGUUCGGUGACCGCACCACAAGGGCGUAUUCCAUCCCGUCGCUCAAAGAAGUCGGCCGCGCAAGUUUGUCCAUGCUGGACCCCUCCCGGACGCUGUCGUGCGUGAUAUCAAAAACGGGAGAGCUGAUAGCGUGGAACGGACCGUCUGAGAUUGCAGUCAUGCCCGUUUAUGGGAGUGGUAAAGGGCUCCCUGUGUCGACGGAUAGUUUGAUUUCGCCCGAGAGGACACUACCCCCCAGACCGACGAUUUCGAAUCUUCAGUGGAUCUCGGGGACGCAAUAUGUCAGUCCGACGGAUUUGGAUUUGUUGAUCGGGGGGGAGGGGAGGCCGCCUUCGAAGAGGGUGGUGAGGGCUGAGGAGGUGGAGCGUGCUACUGCUGGUGGUGGGGGGUACGGCGGGAGCAGUAGCCAGCAACAACAAGAGGGCUGGGGAGAUUAUUUGGUCAGGCAGGUGAAUGAGAGGGCGGAGAAGCUCAGCUUUGUGGACGAUGCGAUGAUGAAGCUGCAGGAGGCGAGCAGCGGGUGGGCGGAGGAUGUCAACAAGACGGUCAAGGAGCAGAAGAGGGGGUUGUUGCUGGGGGGGUUGAAGAAGAGUUUCUUUUGA